AUUCUGAAGGACUCGGACCGGAAGUCGUAUUGUUGUUGGCGGAACAGAGCUGAAAGAAGCUAAAGGAGCUAACCGAAGGAGCUAACAGAUAUGAACGAGUAAUAACAAAUGGCUGCUGUCGUCAGUCUGGCGCGGAUGGAGAGGAGGCGUCCAGCACAGGAAGACAUUUGUCCUCUGGAGUCUAAGUCUUUGAGGACGGACGGAGAGAAUGUCGUCUGCAGACUGGACAGGAAGUCCCCGACGCUGGACAGACAGGAGGAGGGGAGAACACCUGUCUGCGGUGACAUCACAGUGACACGGGAACACGUCGACAUGGCGACCAGCGAGGCCAGCGAGGACGAACUGGGACGACUGGACAUCGACCUGGACAGGAAGUCCAAACAGCACAACCUCACAUCCAGCAACGUGCGCGCCAUCCUGCACGAGGUGAUUACCCAUGAGCACGUGGUGGCCAUGAUGAAAGCUGCCAUCAGAGACACACAGGACCUUCCCAUGUUUGAGCCCAAGAUGACUCGAUCUAGACUGAAGCAGGCCAUUCAGCAGGGACAGCCACUGAACUGGAGUCUGUCUGCAGUGAACACAGCCAAGCCCCCUCAGUUUGUGGACAUAGAUCUGGAGGAGGAUGAAGACUCAUCAGAUGAAGAGUAUUGUCCUGAGGAAGAGGAGGAAGAGGAAGACACGGCUGAAGAGACAUUCCUCAGUGAUGCAGACAGCUUGGCUUCACCUCCCAAAAUGCAUCAGGACUCUCAACCCAAAGUGUCAUCAGACCAGAGGACAGAUGCACCGCUACAGAGACCCCCAGGACCGCUGGGAGACCCCCUAACCUGCACUCCUCAUCACCUCCUCCCACCUCCAGAGUCCUCCUUCCUGGAGAGACUCAACGCUGUGGACGAGGAGCUGGACAGCAGCGCUGCCUUCACAUAUCACCAGUCUCUGGACAGAAAAGCUGAUGAUGACGGUGGCGGUGAUGAAGGCUCCAGCUGUUUGGCGUUCCGUACGCGCUCCAAGCGUCCUCUGGUGAACGUUCCUCUGGGCCAGCUGGAGGCGGAGCUUCUGGCCCCCGACAUCACGGCAGACAUGUACGAGCAGAGCGCCGCCCAGCGGAAGCAGGACCGCCACUGGACUAAGUGGCUGCAGGGCCUCAUGGCCCCCGACACCGACGAGGAAGCUGACGAUGACGAUGACCCCGAGUACAACUUCCUGGAGGACGUGGACGAGCCGGACUUGGAGGACUACCGGACGGACCGCGGCGUCCAGAUCACCAAGAAGGAAGUGAACGAGCUGCUGGAGGAGCUUUUUGAUACUCUCCAGGAGGAAGAGGAGGAACACGAGGAAGAGGAGCCGUCUCAGACUGGACACAAGUUCAACGUUCCCCAGGCUUUACGUUUUGAUGCUCCGUUAGCCAGCAUGCUAACGGAGCGCCGGCGGACAGUGAGAAAACAGUAUGAAGCUGCGCAGCAGAGGAGAGCACUGCAGGACACCACCAACCAUCACCGUGACGACAAGGAAACAGCCAGCCCGGCGCCCGUCCCCGUCACCUCCGUGUUGGUGCUGCCAGGCCGGGUGGAGCCCGCCCUCCACCUAAACUCUGCCCAGAAGCUGCAGCUGCAGCAGCAGAUACAGCAGCAUGUGCAGCUGCUGACUCAGGUUCACCUGCUGAGUCGCCGUGUGGACGCACUGAACCACGAAGCCUGCAUCAGCAAACACUACCUGGAGGAGCUGCAGCAGUUCUCCAGCCGGCGGGAGCAGGUUUUCCUGCCCAGCAGCUUCAGGGUGUGUAACCUGCGGGGGGCGCUGGAUCUCCUGCAGGAGGUGGAGCAGAGGGUGGAGCCUUCUGUUACUCCGCUUCCUGUCCCUGCUGCGGCCUCCAGACGCUGGCUCCCCACCAUGACUCCUGCUACCAACAGCCACGCCUUCCCUCUGCUGCCUGCCGACGCCGCCUGGCUGUUCGCCACGCGUCCCGUCUUCCUUUACCCAGAACUACUUCCUGUCUGCAGCCUGGACCCCCCCGCACACAGCCAGCGGCCCCGCAGCAUUUACACCGCCGGAGAGGACGGGCUGAUCGUCCUGGCUCUGAAGCACUUUGCGGAGACGCUGCAGCCGGAUCAGCUGAUCAGCUGCUACCUGCUGUGUAAAUCUCGCUGGAACUUCAAGAAACACGUGAGAGACAUGAGCGGGCCGAGAGCGCCGCGCAACAGCGUCAUCAAGACGUUUGUGACUCAGCGAGUCGUCCCGGUGCUGCCGCUGGCCUGCAGCCGAGUGGAUCCAGGAGAGCAGCGCCCCCCGGUGGACAGAAACAUCCCCAACACGCCAAACUGGCUCAAGAACAGUCAGCUGAUCAUCCAGAAGUCCCGGCUGAGCUCCGGCCAUUACCCCCCCUCCCUCCCCCCGGGCGUCACCCUCAGGCUCCACCCCUAUUGGCUCAGCAAGUCCUCGCACCCACCUCCACCUUCACACAGACGGAUCUUCGCCCUGGCCCACAAUGCAUCUCUGCUGCCUCUCGCACAACGCCCAGCAGACAGUCAGUCAGACAGACAGUCAGACAGACCAGAGGGCUCGCUGUUAGACAGCCAAGCAUCGCGGAAAUCAAAGAGACAAACAGACAGACGGUUGGACAGAAAGAUAAACCAACCGGUGGACAGACAGUCAGACAGACAGCCAAUCAACUGCCUGCCUCUCCCGCCUCCAGGUGUCACUUUACUCUCGGACUCCCCCGCUGUCUCCACAGCCCUGGCUCCGCCUCUCGCUGUCUCCACAGCCCUGACUCCGCCUCUCGCUGUCUCCACAGCCCUGGCUCCGCCUCUCGCUGUCUCCACAGCCCUGACUCCGCCUCUCGCUGUCUCCACAGCCCUGACUCCGCCUCUCGCUGUCUCCACAGCCCUGACUCCGCCUCUCGCUGUCUCCACAGCCCUGACUCCGCCUCUCGCUCUCUCCACAGCCCUGACUCCGCCUCUCGCUGUCACCACAGCCCUGACUCCGCCUCUCGCUGUCUCCACAGCCCUGACUCCGCCUCUCGCUGUCUCCACAGCCCUGGCUCCGCCUCUCGCUGUCUCCACAGCCCUGACUCCGCCUCUCGCUGUCUCCACAGCCCUGACUCCGCCUCUCGCUGUCUCCACAGCCCUGACUCCGCCUCUCGCUCUCUCCACAGCCCUGGCUCCGCCUCUCGCUGUCUCCACAGCCCUGACUCCGCCUCUCGCUGUCACCACAGCCCUGACUCCGCCUCUCGCUGUCUCCACAGCCCUGACUCCGCCUCUCGCUGUCUCCACAGCCCUGGCUCCGCCUCUCGCUGUCUCCACAGCCCUGACUCCGCCUCUCGCUGUCUCCACAGCCCUGACUCCGCCUCUCGCUGUCUCCACAGCCCUGGCUCCGCCUCUCGCUGUCUCCACAGCCCUGGCUCCACCCCCUGUCUGUGGGGCUGUCUCAUUGGCUGCCGUUCAUCCAGGCCCCGCCCACAUCCUCCAGCCCUGCCUUCCUAUUGGCCAGUGGACGCAACAGAGCAGCAGAGCUUCUUUCCCUCUCCCCUCUCUGACCGACGCUCGGACAAACGUAAAGCCGGCGUACUUCCUCCUCCAGAUGGUGUGGACGCCUGCCUCCACCUCCCAGCAUGCACUGGGGCAACAGCUCCACAGACCAAUCAAAGAGGAGCGAGAGGACACAACGCCAUGCCUUCCACCGGAGGAAGAGAGGCGGGAAGAGGAGGAAAGUUCAGGAUCAACAUCAACACUCAGCCCGAUGUCUUCCUGUGAAGGAGAGGAAGAGGGGAGAGAGGGAGGAGAAGAUGAAGAAAGGAGAGAGGAAGAGGAGGGUGCAGCGGGAGGAGGAGGAGGAGGAGGAGGAGGAGGAGGAGAGGGGGAUGAAGGGAGAGAGGAAGAGGAGGGAGUAGCGGGAGGAGGAGAGGGGGAUGAGGGGGGGGAGGAAGAGGAGGGAGACGGAGAGAAAGAAAAGGAUGAAGAUCAGGACCGGCAGGGAGAGGAGGAAGAGGAGGAGGAGGAGGACUUUGAUGACCUCACGCAGGACGAAGACGAAGAGGAAGUGAUGUCGUCUGCGUCGGAGGAGUCAGUGCUGUCGGUGCCAGAGUUACAGGAGACGAUGAAGCAGCUGACGUGGCUGGCGGCCGAGCGGCGUCUCUGUGCAGAUGGAGACUCUGAGGAAGACCACUCGCCCACCUCUCAGGAGGAGGAGGAGGAGGAGGAAGAGGAGGGGCCUAAAGGGGAGGAGUCUGGUGAGGGGCGGGGCAGCAAGGAGGGAGGAGACGAGGAGACGCCAGCGGGAGAGGAGACGCCCAGAGGAGGAGCAGGAGGACGCUGUCUGGGACGGGGACGAGGUCGAAGCCGUCCUCUUCGCGGUCUGAGGAAAAGCCGUCAGGAGCGCCACAGUAAAGACGCCGCUAAACUCUUACUGCUGUAUGACGAAAACAUCGUCAACAACGACCCACACAGAGAGAGCAAAGACGUGGCGUUCGCCCAGAGCUACCUCAACAGGGUGCGCGAGGCGCUGCAGGAUGUACCUGGGCAGGUGGAGGAAUUUGUGUCUCUGCUCAACGACUUUGAGCAGCUGGGCGGUGGACAGGAAGUGAUGUCGUUAUUCAGGAAGCUGCGCUGCGUCCUGGGAGAGCGGACGGACCUGCUGCGAGACUUCGCCGCCUUCCUGCAUCCGGAGCAGGCGCUGCAGUGUGGACUGUUUGAGGAGCAGCAGGCGUUUGAACGUAGCCGGCGUUUCCUGCGGCAGCUGGAGAUCAGUUUUGGAGAUAAUCCGUCUCAUUAUCAGAAGAUCAUCAAAGCUCUGCAGACCGGUCCAGACCUGAGUCCAAACAGCAUCACCGAGCUGAAGUCUCAGAUGUCUGCGCUGCUGAAAGGCCACACCCAUCUUCAGACUGAAUUCUGGGUAUUUUUCGACGAGCUCCGCCCCCCUCCGGCCCGCCCAGGACAGUUCGAAGAAGCUCAUUGGCCGGAGGACGGAGGAGGCGGGUCGGACGGCGGGGAGGGCGGCAGCCUCGUGUUAGGGGGCGGAGCCAGCUGCGGCUUCGAGGAAGUGACGCUCCCGGAGCUGGAGGAGGAAGAGGAGGGGCUUAAGAUCCAACCAAUGACUAGCCGGCGCCAGAGGAGGAAGAUGGACGCCCACAGGAACUACAAGGACUGUGAUUGGUCGGAUGAGGCAAAGAUCAGCAGACACAGGAGGAAAGGAUGCUCUCACUGCCAUGGCAACAAGACCUCAGGGGGCGUGUCCAGAGCCAUGAAGAGUCUGGACCCGCUGUACUCUCAGAUAAGCUCCGCCCACAAAGACCUGGACCUGAAGGGGGACCACAGUCCACAACCAGACGGCAGUGGUGCAUCAUGGGAAGGCUCGUUCCCUCUGAUGGAUGAGAAGGAGGAAGAGGAGGAGGAGCUGGAUGAUGAAGAGGAUGAUGAAGAGGAGGAGCAGAGCCCAGCAGUGAAGAGGAGGAGAGAGGAAACCUCCAUCCCUCCCUCUGUCUCCUCUCCCUCUGUCUCCUCCAUCCCUCCCUCUGUCUCCUCCUCCUCUCCCUCCAUCCCUCCCUCUGUCUCCUCCAUCCCUCCCUCUGUCUCCUCCUCCUCUCCCUCCAUCCCUCCCUCUGUCUCCUCCAUCUCUGUCUCCUCCUCCAUCCCUCCCUCUCUCUCCUCCUCUCCCUCCAUCCCUCCCUCUCUCUCCUCCUCUCCCUCCAUCCCUCUCUCUGUCUCCUCCUUCCCUCCCUCUGUCUCCUCCUUCCCUCCCUCUGUCUCCUCCUCCUCUCCUCCCCCAGAUCUCCCCGUCUGUGCUAAGAACAUUUCUCUGACAGCGAGUGGAGAGAAAGUAAUCCUCUGGACCAGGGAGGCAGAUCGAGUGAUUCUGACAAGGUGUCAGCAGGAGGGAGCCAAUCAGAACACCUUCCAGGCCGUCUCUACUCUGCUCGGCAACAAGACUCCCAGCGAGGUUUCUCGCCGUUUUCGGGAUUUGAUGCGUUUGUUCCGGACGGCGGCUCGUCAGACCGGCUCUGAGGACGAGGCCCCGCCCCCUGAGCCGGCAGCAGCCAAUGAGGAAGAAGACUGACAUUACCCAAUCAGAAGACCAGCAGCUGAUGAUGUUUCUGGUGCUUUUAUUGUGAAGG